AUGUCCUUUCUUUGAGUCUUCUGAUUUGCCUUAAUUAGGCAUUUUAGGAAAAUAAAUUUGUUUGUUUCUGUAAUGACUGAAGGUCCUAACAUGUCAAGGUCACUCUCAAUGUUAGAGCGGUCCUGGUUUUCAUUGGUCUGCUCGCACCAGAAAUUUGUGAAAAGGUGUGGUAACAAGUCAGCAAUAUCCUGAAAUAAAUGGGGAAGACCACAUUUAUUCAGAAUUCUGCUGCAGUGGAGAUCAUCCAGAUCGACAUGAAGGCUUCAGUCACUGUGCUGCUUUUUUUGAGCCUCUUUGAGCUGAAUGUCAGCGUCUACAGAUAUCAUAUUUUCGUGAACGAGACUUUGUCAUGGCAAGAGGCACAGCAGCGCUGCAGAAAGCACUUUGACGACCUGUCCACUGUCAGAAGUAAAGAUUUAAAGGAUUUAUCUUACAAUUCUCUAAUUAAACAGAACCAUUUUUGGAUUGGUGUUCAGAGAGACAGUGCAGACAAUGACAAAUGGAUAUGGUCAGAAGGUGGAGAAGCAACAAUUACAUUUUGGGAGGAUGGACAACCUAAUAAUUAUCAUCAAAAAUGUGGUGCUGUCUCUAAAUACACAUUUCAACUGAAUGACAAAACCUGCAAUGACAGUCUACAAUUUUAUUGUAUGAAGGUCUAUGAGCUGAUUGUGGUGCAUCAAAAAAGCACAUGGGAAGAGGCCUUGGAAUACUGCAGACAAAACUACAUUGACCUGGCCAUAAUAAACUCGGAAGAUAUUAUGGAAGAAGCAAAGAUUAACAGCACAGUAGCCGAUACAGAUGAAGUGUGGACUGGCCUGCGCUUUCUAGCUGGUCGUUGGUUUUGGGUAAAUGGAGCCGGUCUUGGAUAUAAUGUCUGGUCUUCAAAUGGAGAGCUCCAGUGCCCUGCCAUGAACCAGCGCUGUGGGGUUUAUGAUAGAACAAAGGGGGUUUGUAAACCCACAGACUGUGACCGGAGACUCAACUUUCUCUGUGUCAAGGAGAAAUACGAAGAUUGACUUGAUUCAUUUUAGGAGGUCAGUAGAUGUGACACUAUAGGAGGAGUUCCUUGAAGUGUCAU